AAAGGUGCAAGGUGCAUGUCUAAGGGAAGGGGAAACCGUGGGACGGUUAUCCGAUAUUUUUGGUUGGACAGGCGCCACUACAGUAACUUCGCAAAGGCAACCUACGCUGUUAUUGCCAAGACCUACGCUUACCUCACUCCAGACUUGUGGAAGGAGAUGCCUCUCGGCUCCACUCCCUACCAGGCAUACUCUGACUUCUUGUCCAAGCCCACAGCUUGUCUGCACGCUGAUGCCUAGGCUCGACAAAACAGAGCGAACCAAUGGUUUUGAAU